AGGUUUUAAUUCAGGGAGUUAUGAUGCAAAUAAUUUACCUUUAAGAACACAUGAUGAAUAUAUAAAAAAUAUACAAGAUUUGGAAUGUGCAACAACACAAAAAGAACUUGCUGCUUUACAACAAAGUUAUGGAAUUAAACAUCAGAGUAUAUUAUUUGAACUAUAUUCAAUAAAAUUUCCAUAUUCAUUUGCAUUAGAUAUAAUGCAUUUAAUGUUUGAAAAUAUCGCAAAAUAUAUGUUCAAACAUUGGAAUGGCACAUUUUUUAAUAAUAGUAGCGAGAAUAAUGGUAUGUAUAUUCUUAAUACAACCACAUGGAAUGUAAUAGGAGAUUUAAUGCACAAAGCUCGCAAAACAUUUCCAUCCUAUCUUGGACGUCCUCCCCGAAAUAUUGUCCAUCAUCAUGCUGGUUAUAAGGCAGAAGAGUGGUCAUCCUGGAUUACAAUGUAUUCCUUACCAUUGUUAAAAGAUCAGCUUCCAAUAAAAUAUUAUGAAGGUUGGGCUCUAUUUGUCAAAGCAGUUAAAUUAUGCAAAAAAUUACAUUUGACUAAUGAAAAUAUAUUUGAAAUACAAGAAUUAUUAUUAGCUUUUUAUAAGCAUUAUGAAAGAGAAUAUUAUUGUAAUAUUAAAGAACGUAUUAGUACAAUGAAACUUAGUUUUCAUUAUCUAUUGCAUGUUGCUGAUAGUAUUAGAAAUACAGGACCUUGCUGGGCAACAUGGCAAUUCCCUAUGGAACGAGUUUGUGGCAUGUUGCUUCCGCUUGCAAAAUCACGUUUGCAUCCGUAUAAAAAUAUUAUUAAUACAGUACAUUUUUUAGAGUUAUUUAAUCAUCUAUCUUACCGGCGAGAGAUUUAUAACCAGAUUUUUCCAUCACAACCUCCAAAGCGACAUGCUCAACAACAUCUCAUAUAUUCUGAUGAAUAUUAUUUAGAAGAAUUUUACUUUCCUUCUAAAGAUUAUACUCUUUCGCCAAGUGAACUUAAGAAAAUAAAGGAAAAUCUUUCAACAUCAUAUGAUAUAGCUGGACGAAAUUUAGAUACUUUUUCAAAAGAUGGCAUAACCUUUGGACGAAUGUUAACUAAGGAUAAAUAUUUUAUUGGAUCAAAAUGGAUUCAUAAAAAUAACGAUUGGAGUAGAAUUAAUUAUACUGUAAAAGUAACAAUGCAAAUUGAUAAAUGGGCAAGGUUUAAGCAUCGCCAACCUGAAUAUAUAAAAAAAUCUUAUUAUGGAAUUAUUGAAUUUUUUUUUUUAUAUAACUUUGAUGGUCAAAAUGAGAUGUUAGCAUACAUUCAUUGGACGAAACCAGUUACUGAGGAUCGUGUGGGAACAUUAUCUUUUAGUGGAUUUAGUUAUUAUGAUUUUAUAAGAGUAUCAGCUAUAGAUCGAUGUGUUGGCUUUUUUCAGCUUGGAAAUAAAUAUUAUAUUAUCGAUAAAGAUACUGAAAUUUCAGAAUGAAUUAAUGAAGGAUAGAAGAAUAUAUUUAUUAAUUAAUCAUUCAAUAAAUAUUUAAAGGUCUUAUUAAUUUUUAUUACUUAUAUAAAACAUGUUUG